AUGUCUUUCUGGAAGCAGGAGCUGGACACCAAACUCGCCGAGCUGGUGAAGGAGAUCGACGUGCUGCUGACCUACAAGACGCGGCUGGAGAAAGCUCUGGAGAGCUGCGCUGAGCCGCUGAGAGUCAUGCAACAGUGCCUGGCUGAGAGAGAGAGCCGCGUGGGGAUCGACCUGGUGCACGACGAGGUGGAGCGGGAACUCAUCAAGGAGCUGGAGGUCAUCGAGGGCGUGACCUCGCUGCUGAAGCGCACGCUGGAGCAGACCAACGAGCAGAUCAGACUGAACCGGUCGGCCAAAUAUUACCUGGAGAAAGACCUGCGGGACAAGUUCCAGGCAGAGAUAAUCGACGACCACUGUGCAGUCCUGACCAGCAACUCUCCCGAGAUCCACUACAGCCCUGGGGCCAGCAGCACUGCACAGGGGUGUUUCUUCGGAAGCUGGGCUACAGCAGAGUGUCCUUCUGUCUGGAAGGUGAUGGAGGAGAUCAGCAGCCAGGAGAGGAACAUCGCUGCUCUGAAGCAGGCCAUCGCUGAGAAGGAGGGCCCCCUGAAGCUGGCCCAGACACGGCUGCAGGCCCGCUCACAGCGACCCAACGUGGAGCUCUGCCACGACCCGGCCCAGGCCCGGCUCCUGCACGAGGUCCAGGAGAUCACUGGGACCAUUGAGAGGCUCAGCGAGACCCUGGCGCUGGCGGAGGCCGAGAUGAGGGCGCUCACCCGCAGUCAGCUGUCCCUGGAAGAGGAGAUCGAGGUGAAGGCGUGGACGGUGUACAUCGACGAGGUGGUGUGCUCACAGCUCCGCCAGCCUAUCGCCUUCCACCACUUCUGACGGGGCUGGGGUCACCCCUGGGGUCAUUUCUGGGGUCACCUGCACCGACUGCAACAGGGCUCCAGUUCACCGCCUUUAGUCCCACCCCCAACACCUCUCUGAAUCUGAAACAUAGCUUGUGCAUUGCUCAUAACAUUCAGCAUGCCCUAAUUUGUAAUAUGGCAUGGAGAGAAGUGUGUAUUUUAGUAUAAAAUCUGUCUUUAAAAUCAGGACCAGUCAGGUCAUUGCGCACUGAAGCUGAAACCCUGACACUCCACACUCCCCCUUUUCAGCUGCAAAGACUUUAAUGUGCAUUGAAACUGCCAGUGGUAGGCUUUGGAUAUAAUGAGAACAAAAAGUGUUUUAUGUCUUGGAUUGUAAAUUUUAAAAGAGUCCAGCAGACAAAACAAAAAUAAACUUGCUUCUUCUGACUCAAGAAAUCCAGAUCACGUGUGUUACAGUACAUGCUUGUGGAGAAUCCCUCGAUUACAGUCUGAGAAGGGGAAACACCGAUCAUGACUGUUGUUUGCUAUAUCUUUUCUCCAAAGAAACAUUUUCUAAAGAAAAUGUAAUCGCAAUCAUAUGUCAAUUCAUUGUUCCUUUUUAGUAAAAAAUAAUUCUGGUCUAUUUUCCCCAAACCAGGCUGUGUGAGAUCACUGUGCAGGACUGAGGUUUUUUUUAUCAUACCGGUAAGCUGAAACUUAAUGUCAUAAUGGCGUAAAUAUAGCCUUAUAAAUAAAAUCAGUAUAUUUUCAGGACCAGAAACAAAAAUUUGAGAAUUAACUGGUUUUGCCGGCCAUGUGAAUCUAUUCUGUUCAGAAACUAUUUCCUCUCCUUUGCUUAAUCACAAUAGUACCACUUAAACCAGAGUACCUGGGCCUGUAUAAAGCAGCCUGUUGGUGACCUUUAGUCACCAAAUUACCCUGUUUCAUACUGAGGAACAGUGGGACCCCUGUUGCAUCACCAACCUCUGCCACCCCCAAAAGUGACUGAUGUACAAUAGAUAUGAAAAUAAAAUCUUUUGGUGCUAAA